AGUCUGUCUAUCGCAUCUGCUGCAGGAAAGGCGGUCAAAGUAGCCGCUGGGAGAAGCAGCACUGGGUAAUAUUUGGAAAGCAAGGGGAGAGAAUACUAUCCGCUCCUGACGGUCAACUUCACCGCACCUGGAUCGUUCUUAUUUUUACUUAGGACAUAACUGGAAACAUAAAAGUGUCUUGUUUUUUUAAUUUUUAACUUGACCAAAAUGACUGGUAGCCCAGUGACAGGGCUGCUGGUUGCGCUGUGCGUAAGCAGCGCGGUCCAUUGUAUGCCAAAGAACCAAGGGAAAAACAAGAGACAAACUCAGGAACAAGUUUACCCCGAACUCGCAGACACAGUACCCCUUGCUCAAGGCUGCGAUGAGAACGGACAUUCUUACAGACUAAACGAUCAAUGGGAGAAGGCUUACCGCGGGAGUACACUGCUUUGUACCUGCAACGGAGCCGCAGGGAUCAAAUGUAAAACAAAACCCCAAGGGGAGGAGACCUGCUAUGACAAAUACAACGACCAGACGUACCCUGUGGGUGCGACCUACGAGAGGGCGAAGGACGGCAUGAUGUGGGACUGCACCUGCAUCGGUUCCGCCCGCGGCAAAAUCAGCUGCACAAUCGGAAACCGCUGCCACGAGGGAGGCAGAUCCUACAAAAUCGGGGACACUUGGAGAAGGCCCCACGAGACCGGAGACUACAUGCUGGAUUGUGUCUGUCUGGGAAACGGCAAGGGAGAGUGGACCUGCAAACCCGUGUCGGAGCGUUGCUAUGACAACACAGGUGGAGCAUCCUACGUGGUGGGGCAGACCUGGGAGAAGCCGUACCAAGGCUGGAUGAUGAUCGACUGCACCUGUCUGGGGGAGGGCAACGGACGCAUCACCUGUACCUCUAGGAACCGUUGUAAUGACCAGGACACCAAGACCUCCUACCGCAUCGGAGACACAUGGACCAAGACAGAUGCUAACAGGCACCAACUCCAGUGUCUGUGUACAGGAAAUGGCAGAGGAGAGUGGAAGUGUGAGAGACACUCUGCCACUACUGGUACAGGUGUUAGUACAGGAACAGGUGUAGGAACAGGUACAGGAAGUACUCAUGUGACCAUCCAGACGGAGCUCCACCAGCCCUCCACCCUCCCCGAACCCCCCCAGGAGGGGGCUUGCCGCACGGACUCGGGCGCCACCUUCCACGUGGGCAUGCGCUGGAUCAGGACCCAGGGCAGCAAGCAGAUGCUGUGUACCUGCCAGGGUACUGGUGCCGUCAGCUGUGAGGAGAAGGAGGGCCAGAGCCAGGUGUACGGUGGGAACUCAGAAGGCCAGGCCUGUGUGUUCCCCUUUGUGUUCAUGGAUAAGACCUACUACUCCUGUACCUCAGAGGGACGUACUGAUGGACAGCUGUGGUGCAGCACCACCUCUGACUACCAUAGAGACCAGCAGUACUCCUUCUGUACCGAGAAGAACUCCCUGGUGUCGACCCGAGGGGGUAACUCCAAUGGUGCACUGUGCCAGUUCCCCUUCCUCUACAACGGGCGUAACUACACUGACUGUACCGCCGAUGGUCGCCGCGACGGCAUGAGGUGGUGCGGUACCACAACCAACUAUGAAGGAGAGCAGCGCUACGGAUUCUGCCCGAUGGCUGCCCACGAGGAGGCCUGCACCACCAACGACGGGGUCAUGUACCGUGUGGGAGACCAGUGGGACAAACGCCACGAUGUCCUGGGUCACAUGAUGCAGUGUACCUGCUUGGGCAACAACCGCGGAGAGUGGAGCUGCAUCGCCUACUCCCAACUCAAAGACCAGUGCAUUGUGGAUGGGCUGACCUAUGAGGUGAGCCAGACCUUCACCAAGCUCCAUGACCAGGGCUACAUGAUGAAUUGCACCUGCUAUGGACAGGGACGCGGGCGCUGGAAGUGCGACGCCAUCGACCAGUGCCAGGAGCCUGAGAGCAGGGCGUUCUAUCAGAUUGGAGAGACCUGGGACAAAACCAUCCACCAAGUCCUCUACCGCUGCUAUUGCUACGGCAACGGUAUUGGUGAGAUGAGCUGCGAGCCACAGCAGACCUUCCCAGGUGGCCACCGCCCAGUCCAGGUGAUAAUCACAGAGGCAGGGAAGCAGCCUGACUCCCACCCCAUCCAGUGGAACGCCCCAGCCUCCUCACACAUCACCCAGUAUAUCCUCAAGUGGAGAGUGGUAAGUGGCUCUCUACUGCCCAUCCUAGAUACUGGUCAUUGGUGGUAGUGCA